AUGCUUAGGGCCAUCGGUGAGGAGAAAGGAGCUCUCAGGAUGCUGAGGAGCCUGUCACAGGCAGUAGGAAUGUCUAGUGCCCUCCUGGUCGCUGAGGCACCGCGCAUGCGUGCCGUCGCGCUGGAGCUCCGGAGCGCCCAGCCGGGCGGGGGAGGCGGGGCUUCGAGAUUAAAUCAGGUCUUGACUUUAGAGGAUUUUGAAAGCAAAGGGGCUGAAAGUUAUCCAAUUUUUACAGGCAAAGAUGUCCGUAUAGCAGCAAAGUUCAUCAUUCAUGCCCCUCUUGGAGAAUUUAAUGAAGUUUUUAAUGAUGUUCGGUUAUUGCUUAAUAAUGAUAAUCUUCUCAGGGAAGGAGCAGCCCAUGCAUUUGCACAGUAUAAUUUGGACCAGUUUACACCAGUAAAAAUUGAAGGUUAUGAAGAUCAGGUAUUGAUAACAGAACAUGGUGACUUGGGAAAUGGAAAGUUUUUGGAUCCAAAAAACAGAAUCUGCUUCAAAUUUGAUCACUUAAGAAAAGAAGCAACUGAUCCAAGACCUUAUGAAGCAGAAAAUGCAAUUGAAUCAUGGAGAACUUCAGUAGAAACUGCUCUGCGAGCUUAUGUAAAAGAACAUUACCCAAAUGGGGUCUGCACUGUGUAUGGUAAAAAAAUAGAUGGACAACAAACCAUUAUCGCAUGUAUGGAAAGCCAUCAGUUCCAAGCAAAAAAUUUUUGGAAUGGUCGUUGGAGGUCAGAAUGGAAGUUUACAGUCAGUCCUUCAAGCACUCAAGUGGUUGGCAUCUUGAAAAUUCAGGUUCAUUAUUAUGAAGAUGGUAAUGUUCAACUAGUGAGUCAUAAAGAUAUACAAGAUUUUCUAACAGUGUCUAAUGAGGUGCAAACAGCAAAAGAAUUUAUAAAGAUUGUAGAAGCUGCAGAAAAUGAAUACCAGACUGCCAUCAGUGAGAAUUACCAGACAAUGUCAGACACUACUUUCAAAGCCUUACGUCGACAGUUGCCAGUUACACGUACUAAGAUUGAUUGGAACAAGAUCCUUAGCUACAAGAUCGGCAAAGAGAUGCAGAAUGCGUAAGAUGAACAUUGCAUGACCGGAUCAUUUCAGCGUCUUUGCGUUAAGAAAAAAAAAUUAUUGCAAAAGUAUUCAGAACUGUCAGACUGCCCAGUCAUGGGCUGUUGCCAUUUAAACUCACUGUAAUUAAUUAGUUUGGUUCGAGCACAAAGCUUAGCUAAUCAACCCUUGUUUUUCACUUCUUUUGUUCUAAGAUGAUUGAAAAUGAAUUUAGUUUAAUUGCCUCUUACUUUGUUAUUCCUUUCUUAAAAAUGAAGAGAUGAUUCCUCUAGUUUAUGGUGAAAAGUUUUUGAAGUAUUUCGAAAGUAUUUUACUUACUAUAACCCUAAAAAGUGUUGCCUUUUGGCUUACGAAAUGGGUAACUUUUGCUAUUAGCCCAAUUCUUUUUAAUGGGGUAACUAAUGGACAUUCUAGUUUAAGGUGGUUGAUGGACUUAGCCAUAUAUGCUGCUAAAGAAAUUAUCUACCUUUUCUCCUCACCUCUUCCACUGAUGAAAGACUGAGAUUAGCGGGAAAGUGUUUUCUAGAUCACUUUAUGUUUAGACCUUUCAGUAAGGUUAUUUAGCUAGCUUAGUGUUUAACUAAACUUUUUUUAAAACAAGGCCAAGAUCUAUUGCUGUUUUGAGAUUCUGAAAUUAAAUGAUAAUACUUAUUUCAGAAAUGCAUUUAAUGCUUUUUUUCUUGUGACAGUUACGCAAAUUAGCUUGAAUUCCAUAUGUCCCUGAGUUAUUUUUAUCACAAAGCCACAAAUGUAUUAUAACAAGGCAAAUUGUAAUAUAUAUAAUCCUGAACUCAUGACCCUGUCUCAGUUUAUUUUUUUCCUUGGAUUGAUAAGUACUGAAAUUCAGUGUGAUGUUAAAAAUGCAAAUUUUCCUAUUUAUUUGAGUAGAAAAAGCACUUACUAGUGAGUCAUAUACUAUUUUAAAAUACUUUCUUUGGAUAUUGUAAUUCUUAACUGGUUGUAAAUUAGGAAAGCUGGGAGUACAUAUGGUAUGCAGUUACAUAGUCUUAAUUUUUCCAUUUUCCUAUGCAUCAGUAGCAUGCUUGUAAUAUUUUUAAAAGUAGGUUUACUGAUACUACAGGAGUUUCAAGCCUGUAGUGAAUGUUAGUAUUUACUACAAGGAGUUUUAUGGUUUCAUUCAGUAGUUUUGCUUCUUAUACUUGAGUGGAAUCCAUUCCUCACAUACUCCUACAUGUCUGGGCCUGGAAAUGUUUCUAAAAACAAAAAACAAAAAACACUUUUAUUAUGUAUAAUAAAAUAUCUCAUUAGCUUGAAUUGUAUAGAUUUUAAAAAAAUUCUCAAAGCAUGUUGUUUAAUUUCUUUUAAAAAUCAUGUUGGGCUUUGAAAACAUUGAGAAUAUAAUACGAAAUUAUAA